AUGGCACCCAACACGAAGACUAUUGCGGUUAUAGGGGCUUUGAGACUCGACAUGGACCUGACUAAGGAGCAGCCCCUUCCCCCCGGUGCAGAUAUUGAGAAAGGGGUAUCAGCACUCAAAGAUGAGGCUGCCAUCAAGGGCAUUACUACUGCAAGCACGGCUUAUCAAACCUUAGGGCUAGCAUUCGAAAAGGGGCGCAUCAAUCGGGUUCCUGACGUCAGGAUGGUCAGUGUAAUCGGGAGAGACGAUUACACGGAAAAGAUCAUAGCGAAAGUUAAGGAAUUCAAGAUCGGUACAGACGGCAUCAAGAUAAUGCCGGACAAAGAUACAGACGUUUGCUUCAACGUACUGACGAAAAGUACCGGCGAAACCGAGCGCUAUAGAGAACCUAAUCCGGCCACGCCUGCCUGUUGGACAGAGAAAGAUUUUGAGAAUGCUCAGAGCUUCGGAGGCGAUCCCAAGCCAGAUUUGAUCAUUAUCUCGACAGAACUGGAAAAGGAAGUCUUUACGAAGAUUUUGACGUGUGCCAAAAACAAUAAUAUUGAGGUGUUCUUAGCCAAGGCGCCUCCGUAUUCAAUCGCUGAGAGUCUUUUGGGGCAUAUUACAUAUCUUGUGGUCGAUGAAGAUGAGGCUAAGAAAUUAUCUUCCGAGAACGGAGAGGUAUUCGACUCUGCUAAGAAGUUACAUGAGUUGGGAGUGAGGAAUGUGUUUAUCACACAGGGGCAUGUGCGUGCAUGGUGUAUGCAUGGGCCUUUGUGGGACUAUUCCUGGACCAAAAUUAAGCUCACAAAUAGGGGCGAGAAUAGGGGCGAAAAAAAGUAUACAGAUGACGAACGGUAA